UUUCAGAUAAUCAUACAUAUCUUUCAAGCAAUGGAACAUAAUGGCGAAUGGACUGAAAUUAUUGAUUCUGAAUACAUUUUAAAAGGAUUGGGCAACAUGGGUUUUAUUAAGCCAACUCCAAUUCAGAAGGCUGUAAUUCCUCAGGCAAUUCAACACAGAAAAGAUAUCAUUGGAGCGGCUGAAACAGGUAGCGGAAAAACAUUGGCUUUUGCUGUUCCAAUAUUUGAUAGAUGGCUAAAGGAAUUAAAAAAAGACGUGCCUAAAGAUCAAACAAAACUUUUUGCUUUGAUUGUUACACCAACUCGUGAACUAGCAAUUCAGAUAAGAGAUGUUUUUAGACAACUUUCCGCUGUAAAAGAGCCAAGAGAACUGCGCAUUGUCGCAAUUGUAGGCGGAAUGAGUAUUCAAAAACAACAGCGUUUACUUAAAUCUCAGCCUGAUAUUAUUGUUGGCACUCCUGGACGUUUAUGGGCAUUAAAAGAAUCGGGAGAAGAACAUCUUAAUAUAUUAUCAGGCUUGCAAUUUAUUGUUGUUGACGAAAUAGAUAGAAUGUUAAAAGAAGGACAUUUCCAAGAACUGAAAUAUAUUAUUAAGCAUAUUCAUAGUAAACGGACUGAACAUUGUAAAACUUCUGGUGAAAAAGGGUCUCCAUUGCAGACAUUUGUAUUCUCUGCAACGCUUACAUUCACUUACAAUGUUGGUUUGAAAUCUGACGGAAAAAAUGAGAUUAAGGAUACACAGAAAAUUGACUCGAAACAAAAGGUAAAACAAAUCGCCCGUUCAAUGUAUAUGCGAAGAGGCCCAGAAAAAUUAGCAGUAGUUGAUUUAACAACGACCAAAAAGAUUCCAAACAUGCUAGUUGAAUGUCGGAUGGAUUGUACGGAUCUUCUUCACAAAGACGCAAAUCUUUUUUAUUUGUUAAAACGCUAUGGAGGUCGAACUCUUGUCUUUUGUAACUCUGUCUCUGCAGUCCGACGCUUACAAGCAAUUCUUAGGAAAUUAACACCGCACGGCACCGGCACUUUGCCAUGUAUUUUGCAUGGACGAAUGAAGGAAAAGGAUAGACUUAAAAGCGUAGAAAAAUUUGCAGCUUCGGAGAAUUCAAUCUUGCUAGCAACAGACGUCGCGGCCCGUGGUUUAGAUUUUCAAUCGGUUCAGCAAAUUAUCCAUUAUCAAAAUUACAUUCAUCGUAGUGGGCGCACAGCAAGAGCUUUAAAUUCUGGUCUUUCAAUCCUUUUUGUUGAUCCAAUGGAUUUGCAAUACUACCAAAAGAUUUGCCGUGGCAUGGAAAAAAGUUUUUUAUUUAUUAAAAAAUAUUUAAUGUUGAGAUGUUUAGGCGAGGACUUGGAAGUUUUGACCAUAGAUGAUCGGAAAUUAUUUGAAAGUUGUAAAUACUUGGUAGAGUUAGCAACAGAAGCGGAAUCGAUUGAACAUAGAGGGCGAAAACAACGGACAAAGAGCAGCUGGUUUCAACGGAUGGUUAUUUUAUUUUUAAUGUACUAA